AUGCGUCAACCACAGAUUCUUGUCGCCGCGGCUUUGGCGCUGGCCUGCCCGUCUAUAGCUGGUGUCGCAGAAACCAACGCGCUAGCUUUGCGAAAUGCAGACUUAACCCCCGAAGAUAUUGAGUUUCUCAUUCGCCGAGCCACAGCGCAGGCUCCGGACGGAUAUGCGCCGUCCGAAGUUACCUGCCCCAGCACGAGGCCGUUUAUUCGCGACAGCUCGAGUACUGUCCUGAGUCCGGAAGAGACGGCAUGGCUUCCAAUGCGCCGCAACGAAACUAUCACGCACAUAAAAGAUUUCCUGAAGCGUGCCGCCAUCCCCAACUUUGAUAGCGAUGCGUAUUUGCAGAAUGUCAACUCCAAUUCAUCGGCGCUACCCAACAUUGGCAUCGCCAUCUCCGGUGGCGGCUACCGUGCCAUGCUCAACGGCGCGGGCGCCAUCAAGGCAUUUGAUAGCCGCUCAACCGGUAGUACUGAUAAGGGCAACUUGGGUGGUUUGCUGCAGAGUGCUACUUACCUUUCCGGCCUUUCCGGCGGCGGCUGGCUUGUAGGCAGUAUUUUCACCAACAACUUCACUACCGUUCAAGAUGCCGUCGCCACUAACAAGAUCUGGGAGUUUGGCGAAUCGAUUUUGGAAGGUCCCAAAGAUAUUGGAAUUGUCAAAUACUACGCCACUAUUCUUGAUGAGCUCGAUAACAAGCACGACGCCGGCUUCAACCGUUCCAUCACCGACAUCUGGGGUCGCAUGCUAUCAUUCCAGCUGGUCAAUGCCAAGAACGGCGGCCCCAGCUUCACUUUCUCCUCCAUUGCCAACGACACCGAAUUCGCUGCCGGAAGGACGCCACUCCCUAUUCUAGUCGCUGAUAGCAGAGCCCCGGGCGAGAAGAACACCACAAUCGAGUCUGUCCUGUUCGAGUUCAACCCCUGGGAGCUUGGUUCGACGGAUCCCGGUAUGACUGGCUUUGUGCCGCUCAAGUAUACGGGCUCCAAGUUCGACAAUGGAACGCUGCCAAGCAGUGAAAAGUGCAUCAACGGCUUUGACAAUGUUGGCUAUGUGAUGGGAACGUCCAGCAGUCUCUUCAACCAGAUCAUUCUUCGCAUGGAAAGCAACCCUGACAAGUACCAACCCAAAAACAUCCCCAAGACUGUUAUCGCCUUCAUCACCGAUUUCCUUACCACGUUGGGCAACCGAAGCGACGACGUGGCUGACUGGACUCCGAACCCGUUCAAAAACUGGAACUCGGGCAAGAACUAUGUCGCCACUUCUGACAGCUUGACGCUGGUAGACGGAGGCGAGGAUGGCCAGAAUGUGCCAUUUCAUCCCCACACUGUCGAUGCGCGAAAGGUUGACGUCGUCUUUGCCGUGGAUUCGAGCGCCGACACGAGCAACUGGCCCGACGGCGCCGCUCCAUUUGCGACUUAUCAGCGGACCAAGAGCAAUUCGUCCGCCGGCACGUCUUUCCCUGUCGUCCCCGACAACAACACGUUCAUUAACCUUGGCCUCAACACCCGCCCGACGUUCUUCGGCUGCGACGUGAGCAGCUCGAGCGGCCCUAUACCUCCGCUGGUCGUUUACAUGGCCAACUACCCCUAUGUCUUCCACUCCAACCUAUCCACCUUCACCAUGAGCAUCAACGACACCACGCGAGAUGCUGUGAUCUCGAACGGAUGGGCUGUCGUCACGCAAAUGAACAGUACCCGCGACACCAACUGGCCGACGUGUGUCAGCUGCGCCAUGCUAUCCCGCAGCUUCGACCGCACCAAGACUACGGUCCCGGCCGCGUGCAAGGACUGCUUCAGCAAGUACUGCUGGAAUGGCACGGUCGACAGCAGCAAGCCUGCUGCCUCGUACGCACCCCAGCUAUGGAGUAAUACCACGAUUGACGUCGCUUCAAAGAAAGAUAGUGGUGGUGCUCGAACCUUUAGUGGCUCUGCCACGCUGGCUGUGGCGGCUGUGGCCAUGGGUGUGAUGUUUUUCAUAUAG